CUGGUGUUGCUGCACAGGCUCUCGGUGUCCCCGAUUCAGUUUGCAGCAGUAGUCCUGUCUUUAUUGUUGGAGUGUGAACGGAGAAAGAAGAAAGAUCCAGGGAGACGACCGCUGGUAAACUGGCGCCCUGUCUCUGUAUCUUGACACGUAUACAUAUAUGUAUGUAUGCAGCAGAUUGUGUCUUCUACAACCGUAAAAGAAAUCAGACAACAGGUGUGUAUAUAAUGUCAGCUGUGGCUAACACAUUUGAAAAUGUGAAAGCAGUUAUUCUAGCAGCCCAUAAAAACACAACAUCAACGGACAAGGUCUCCUUUUACAACUCCUGGGCAGAGAACUAUGAUCAGGAUGUGGCUGUCCUGGAUUACCGUGCACCAACUCUGGCAGCAAACUGCAUCUCUUCCCAUUUCAGUGGAGAUCGUGAAGGUGCCGUCGUAUUGGAUGUGGCCUGUGGUACAGGACUGGUGGCCACACAGUUGAAGAAACUUGGAUUUGGAAAGUUUGUGGGGGUAGAUGGAAGCAAAGCUAUGUUGGAGUUGGCAAGACAGAGCGGGUUGUACCAGGAUUCGAAGCAGAUCAUGCUGGGAGAGGAGCCACUGCCUAUCCAGUGGGGUAUUUAAAGCUUUAUGAUUAUUUUAUCCAAGUCAUUAAUUACUUUUCCCAUCACUUUACUGAAGAUGAGCUCUCAUCACUUACUGCACUAUCAUCUCUUUCCACCAGGUGGCUACAUUUGCAUGACUACCAGAAGUAACCAGGACAAUCUGGAGUACAAAGGCUUUCUUGACUCUGAGCUCAGGCAGAUGGAGAACGAGGGGCUUUGGACUUGUGUGGAGGUCACAGAGGUGGAAAACUGGGAGAGAGCUGUGUCGGAGCACGAGGAUGGCUACAUAUCUGGCGCUGUAUAUCUCUACAAGAAACUAUAAUUAUACAUAUAUCACAAAAGUGUAUGGUGGUUUAAAAUCACACCAGCAAAGGUGCAAAAUAGACUUAUUAGAGAAGAAACAAAAACUGGAUAAAAUUGACGUAAGAUUAAAAAGGAAGGCUUGAUUUUUGCAUUUGCAGAAUUAAGUAGGCUCAAAGAUGGAAAGCUGCUUUCAACCAAAUGAGUAUCUUGCAACUGAGUAACAGAUUUUUCCUUAUUGAAAGUAAAUGAACCAUUUUCUAAAUAAGUGGUUGUAUAACUUGCGUCUGUAACUGUGUCUCUUGUGCAUUAAUAUCUGCCAUCCACUAAUAAGUGAGUUUAUGAGGUUACAUUUUCUAAUUCAGUGAUUCAGUUGGCUCAGAUGCUAGGUUAUCCCCUUUGUGCUUAAAACUUUAUUAACUUUAUUUGCUAUUUGUUUUAAAUUUUAAAACGAAUCAAGUCGACGAGAAAUUGGACAAUUAUGCUUCUGUACACCACCGCGGUGGAUUUUAUGUUAAGCAACCAAGAUGAAGUGUAGAUGUUUUACCAAUGACCUGACCCUGUUUAACAAUAUUAUAUACAGCAUCAGAUACAGUUUUAGGUGACUGAAAGCCUAGUGAUCAGUGUGCAUUUCAUAUGGACGUCUUGAGGAGUGAAUCUCUAAAUUUUUGCUUGGGUCACUGGGCUGGAUUUCUAAAAUUUUAUAUUUUUGAAGACAUACCCACUGUUCAUAUCCUUGUGAGACCCAGCCUAUCCAUCUGUUCCAUUCCAUUCAUCCAGUAGUAGACACAAAUCACAAAAAAAGUUAAACUAAACCUCUUUUUUCCUCCUUCCUUUUUUAUCCUCCUCCUCUGGAGGAUAAAACAUGGAUUCUUCAGACCUGAUUCUUAGUCUAGAAAGCUAGAAAGACUUAAUUUCAUUCACCCAAGGACUAACAAUAUAUUUAAAUGUUCUUUUCAAAUGUUACAUUGUAUUAGACUAAAGACAAACAAAAGAAUGCAAUAAAAAUGUAAGUGUGA